AUGGCCUACAACUCUUUGCGCGGGCCUUUCAAGGAAGCCGGUCGAGAUGUCUACAACUGGGCGGAGCGAUGCCAAGAACUGAAUCUCAUGAAGGUAGUGAUGGCUGAGGGCGAGGGAACUUACGAUGACAUCCUAGCUGAUGUCAAUUCCUUGUACCAUAGCGAGCAGCCGUCCCCAGACGAGCAUCCAGGGAGGAAGGAUGCAUUCUGUCUUCCUCGAGCGCCAUAUGAGCAUAUCCACAACCCGGAUACUUCUCAAUCUCAUGGUACUCCAGCCGCCGAUCCCGUUCUUGCGCACAGCCCAGGAGCUGUACAGUACCAAGUCCCACAAAUCGGACAUGAGAACUUGUGCGUGGACUCUGAAAAAUGGGGGUAUUCGGAUCAGGGAGAUGGGGAUAUCGAAGGCAUUGCUCUUCCAGAAGAAGAUGAGUUCGUCAUCUCUGAUGACGAGGGUCACCCAGACGACGGCCGCAUUUCACCCUGCACGUUCCGACUGUUUACUCUGAACUGCCUCCGACGACGUGAUACACACCAGAUCAUUGACCAGGUUCUGCAGAACUAUCGGCUUAGAGAUCUACGCCUCGAGACCACUGGACCCCUCGGGACGGAACAUCAGGCCCCAAGGUUUCCGGCCCAGUACCAUCGGUUUUCUUCCGGCUCUGGUUACGCUUGUGAUGAUGAAGAUGGAGAUGAGGAUGUGCAGGGGGUAAACUUGGUCCACAUGGCCAAGAUCGUCACCAUCGAGCAUUGGGUUUUUACAGGACACUGGCCCAAAUUUUCCGACGACGUGUCUUAUGUUUAA